GGCUGCAUGGCCUGCUUGCACACUGUAGGGAUCUAAUGAUUAUCGUCAAGUUUCCUUUUUUGAAUGUAACUAUGAAAUCUCCUUCCACAACCUUUGUGGUUAGCCUGUUGCAGAUUUUAAUGGCUCAUUGUGAGCUACGAAAGGAAACAGUUUCUCCUGGUGUCCUUUCCAAGCACCUUUUGACAUCCUGUUAGGUUUACCCCGUCACUUCCCAAAGGGAAACAAUCCUGGUUUCUUCAAUCUCUCCACAUGUCUGAAUUUCCACAUCCCAGGUACAAUCCUGGAGGACCUCUUCUGUACCUGCUUUGAAGCCUUGACAUCCUUCCUAAAAUGUGGUACCCAGAACUGCACACAGUACUGCAGUGAAUUGUGCAAGUUUAAUGUGAUUUUGGGUUCAGUGGCCUUAUUUAUGUAACAAAAUGCCCAUAUACUUUCCUAACUGCCUUGUUGAUUUGCCCUGCCACUUUCAAGUUCUCAUGAAUAUCCCCCCCACUAGCUCCUUGUGUUGCUUUACCCUCUUUAAAAUAUUUCCGUCAUACUGCCCACUCCUUGUUUCUCCCAAAAUAACACCCAGCCACAAAAAUCUGCUGUGGAUGUUAAUAUAUAAUGUACAUUACAGUAUGUAUUGUGUAAAUAUUUACUGUCUAUUAUGUUUUGUCUUUUGUACCUCCUGUACAUUAUGUGCACUGUAUUAUCUGCUUUAGGUCUAACUGUUACAAUUAGCUCAGUUGGCUGGACAGCUGGUUUGCGAUAUAGAAUGAUGCCAACAGCAUGAGUUCAGUUCCCACACUGACUGAGGUCACCACAAAGGUCCUGCCCUCUACCCUCCACUUAGGCUUGGUUGACCCACAGGUUAAACCACCACCAGUCUCUCUCUAAUGAGCCUAUGGUCCUUUUGUGCUUUGCCUCAUAUUUGCUGCAUCUUGGCGUGAAUGCUGUUCCAGUCUGCAUUUGCUGUGGCGUUAUCGUACGUGCUGCCUUUUCAUGUUUGUGUGUGACUGUACUGACUGUUCUUUAUCAUUUCUGCACUUAUUUUCAAGAGCAUCUCUGGAAGAUGGAAGCAGAGCAGCGGCCGCCCUCCAUCGGGUCUCUGCUCAUCCACACUCUCCCUCAAAGCCGCCAAAAAUACCUUUGCUACACCCGGCCUGGCCAUGAGAAAUUCAACUUGUGUGUUACAAAUGUUGUGGAUGUUUGGAGCACAGGUUUCAGUCCACAAAAACUAGAGGAACAUAAAUCCACACAUGGCGUGAAAAGCUGCGAAGAAUACAACUCCAGGACCAGGGAUGCUUUCGAGAAGGGCGCUAUCAGCCUCACGGUUCUUGACAACAUCGCCAUACUGAAACUGAGCCAAGAUGACCAGGGGCUAACCUUUGACCUCUACAAGCUGUCCCUUUCUGAGGCUAAGGCAGAGAUCCAGUCAGUCAUGUUUCACCUGGUGGAUCAAGUACAUCAUUUACAAGACCAACUCAAAGCCUCGGAGGAAAGUAACAUUUUAAAACUUGAUAAGACAAUGGAGAGGACACAGAGGAUGUUUCUAGCAGAGUAUGAUUCCAAGAGGAAGGGGCACGGACCUGAAUCUUCACCAGUCUCCAAGAAGAGGCUUGCAGGAGAGUCCCUGAUAAAUCCAGGCAGCAAGAGAACAAAGGCUCCCAUUGGAGUGAGUUUUGAAGACAACAGCCUCAAUGACAGCGAUGAGUGAACCAUCUGGUCAAGUUCAACAUGGAUUAACUAGAAAUAUAUACAGGGGAAGUGUGGUUUUUAACCAUAAUUUAUUUCUUUUAGGCAAUGAUAGAUAUGAACUUUUUAAAAGGAAAUGCUGUCUCUGUUUGUUUAACAAACAACAAUAAUGAGGUAUUUUAUAUGGCUUUUUAAAGUAAAAGGAAAGUUGUUCCA